AUGGCGUCCGCAGUUCAAAUAGCGGAUUAUGGAAAAUGGGAAAGUCCCAUUACAGCUGAACUAUUGUCUGGGUAUUCUAUCACUCUGAACGAAGUGCAGACUAAUCCCAAGACAGGUGCCAUCUAUGUGAUUGAAGGACGACCUGCAGAAAAUGGUCGCUGUUGCAUCGUUGAGUACCUUGGCUCAGAGACCAGAGAUAUACUACCGGAAGGCUACAAUGCCAGAAGCAGAAUUCAUGAAUACGGAGGAGGGGCUUUUGCAAUAGGUCCCAAUGGAACCUUGAUCUUCACUGACUGGGAGACCAACGGCAUCUUUGCGCUUUCGCCUUCCUCGGGGGAUCCCAAACCUCUUAUACACGCCAAAUCCCACCUCUGCUUCGCAGAUUUCAGCGUACACCCCAUUCACGAGCAAUGGAUUCUAGCAGUCCAAGAAGAUCGCUCUCUUUCCCCCAUUCAAAACUCAAUCGUUGCAAUUGAGGCAACUACCAAGGAAACAUUCAUCGUUACACAGGGCGCUGAUUUCUACUCGCACCCUCGUUUCAAUCACGACGGGACAGAAAUAUGCUGGACUCAAUGGAGUCACCCUGACAUGGCAUGGAACGGCACGGAACUGUUCAGAGCCACAUGGCAUCCAGGGACUGUAGCAUCGGGCACAAAGAUUGCUGGAGCAGCCGGUACUGAGAGUAUUUGCCAACCAAGGUGGGGUCCAGAUGGAACGCUCUUCUUUGUCAGUGAUCGGUCAGGUUAUUGGCAACUUUACCGCAUAAAUCCAGGCGCCGAGACUUCAGAACAUGUAUGCUUGAAGGGAUUGGAGACUUCUGAUUUUGGCGAGCGGGAAUUUUGGUUGGGCAAUACGAUUCUUUCAAGCUACACUAAGGACGCAACAAGUGCUCUUGUGGUUAUCAACUUAGACACGAACAAGUACACUGACCUGCCACUUGGUUUGGUUGACAUUCAGCACAGUGCAAUUAAAAGACUCUCCGAUUCAUCUUUCGUGGUGAUAGGUGCAUCUGAAAAAGCCCCAAGAUCACUGUAUCUCGUCGAGAUAACAGAGCCUGCAUUUAAGAAGCUCAUCAAGUCAUCUAUAGAAGUGGAACUACCAGAAGUACUAUAUUCCACACCACAGAUGAUUGAAUUUCCGAGGGUGUAUGGCGAAUUUCGUUCAGGCUCUGGUCAUGCCAUUUAUCUACCUCCCAAUAAUCCAGCAUAUCAGGCGCCUGCAGGGGAGCAGCCGCCACUCAUCGUGUCCCUUCACGGUGGGCCCACAUCGCAUGUCUCUCCUGGUCUGCUAUUAGAAACACAAUAUUGGACCUCGCGAGGCUACGCAUAUGUGCACGUGAACUAUGCUGGGUCUACGGGGUACGGCCGAGCUUACCGGGAUCUGUUAAAGCAACGAUGGGGAGUCAUAGAUGAUGCCGAUGCCGCAAGCUGUGUUGCACACUUGAUAUCGCUUUCAUACGUUAAUCCAGCGAAAAUCGGUAUCGUUGGAGCCAGCGCCGGCGGAUACACUGUCCUUCAAGCACUCUGUGGCUAUCCCGAUGUUUGGGCUGGUGGUGUGAGCUAUUUUGGAAUUGGCAAUUUGAAACCUCUUGCUGUAAUGAUGCAUAAGUUCGAAAGCUACUAUAUCGAUCAGCUUCUCUUCUCGAUAGGAACGCCUCUGGAAGAUCAAGCUCGGAUUUUUGAAGAAAGAAGCCCUUAUUACAAGGCUGGUAAUAUCGCUUCCCCAAUCUUACUCUUGCAAGGCACGGAAGACACGGUGGUUCCGCCAAGUCAGGCAAUUGAUAUGGAACGGAUGAUUAAAGAGACGGGCGGGACAGUGAAGCUUGUCCUUUUUGAAGGAGAAGGACACGGAUUUCGACAGAUGCAUAGCUUGAAGACAGCUAUUGUACUGGAGGAAGAAUGGUGGAGGAAGACUUUGUUGUAA